GCCGGAUUCAGUGCUUCUGGAAGAGAUCGCUGUUUCUAAAACUGGUCAGUGCUUUGAUGUCAGAAUUGUCAUAAUGACCAGGGUUUGGACUACGUUUCGCUCCGCAAUUGCAUCAAGACCAUCAACGUUACAUGCACGCAAAUGCCUGAUAACAAACGCAUCGCCCUCAACAAUGCGACUGACUUCGUCAGCUGCAGCUGCAGCUAAGCCUGCAUUCUCAGCAGUGCAACCAAUCACCAAUUUCGUGGAGACGAUAGCCAACCGACCAGACUUUGAUCACUCCGGCAAGCCCAUUGAGAUAACAAAGUCCCCAGACCCAUCCUGGUCUUAUGGAGAUGGUGUCCGCACUGGUCAAUCCCCCACUGACAAGGUCCACCGAGAGAUCGACCCGUACUCGCCUGACAGAUCCGUCGGGCAGAACUACCGACUUUUAAUCUCUGGUAUUGCACCUCGACCUGUUGGCUUCAUCAGUACUAUUUCCGGCGAUGGGGAGACGAAGAACUUGGCGCCUUUUAGCUAUUUUCAAGUCACUGAUCACGACCCCCCCAUGUUUAUCGUUAGCUUCUCAUCUCGCGUUGGGUCGGCUAAGGAUACGUAUCAGAAUCUGAAGGAUACUGGGGAAUGUGUUAUCAACACGGUUUCGGAGAACAUGAUAGAGGCAGUGAAUGCUUCAUCCAUUGAUGCUCCGUAUGGAGUGUCGGAAUGGGAUAUCACUGGCUUGACCGAAGCACCAACAACUACGGUCAGACCAUCCCGUGUCAAAGAGUCGGUACUGUCUAUUGAAGGGCAAGUUGUGGAUAUCAAAGAAUUCGAAAGUCAUAAGCCUGGGAUGAGCAAUUACGGAAUGGUUCUCAUCAAGGCGACACGGUUUUGGGUUCAGGAAGAUGCUGCAAACGAGGAUUUUAGCCACAUUGAGCUUGACAAGCUACAGCCGAUCGGACAAUUGGGUGGCAUGUCGUAUGGGCGAAUUACCUCAACCUUUGAGCUCCCAAGAACGAGAUGGGCCGAUGAGAAGCCAAAGAAUAAGUUAUUAACCAAGUUGGAGAACGAAAAGGCAUUAUAGCAAAGCGUAUCCUAUCUUGGUAUCUUGCUGUAGAACUUCCUCUGAGAUAGAUAAACAUUGUUCUGCCUUCAAUCUUAGAUCUGAU